CCGGUUCGGGACGGCACCACCGCCGGAGGCGGCGUAUCCUCGCGGCAAAAAAAGCAGCCCUGCCAGCUAGCCCAUCCAGCCAGUCGCUUCCUCAGCCCGUGACGGUGUGGACGUCGCGGACGCGCGCUCGUCGUCCGGUCCCGAUAACUGCUGGCGAGCGUCGACAAACAGCGCCUAUUGCGAACCAUGGUAACGGCACCGGUGACCGGCAAGUCGACGACGGCCGCUGCCGGCAUCGUAGUAGGCCCUGCCACUGUCCUCGCCUUACUCUUCGUUGUGGGACACAUCGGGUGUGUCGCGUCCGAAACAGGUGAGGUGGUGUUCGAAACCGACGAAGGCAACAAGUGCGCGUCGACCGAGCCGUACUGCGUGACCGUGGCCAACUGCCCCAAGGCGCAGAGGGACAUCCGCCGCGGUGAGCACCCCACGAUCUGCGACUGGCGUGGAACAGUUUCACUGGUCUGCUGCGCGGAGCCCACUGCACUGCCUCCGGUUACUACAGAACAACCCCAGCCUCCUGUGCAACCACCUGUAGUGACACCCGUAGGACCUCCUAUAGAGCCGACUGUAGAGCCACCUGUACAGCCUCCUGUGGAACCUCCCGUGAAACCUCCUGUGGAACCACCCGUGGAACCUCCCGUGGAACCUCCUGUGGAACAUCCCGUGGAACCUCCCGUGGAACCUCCUGUACAGCCUCCCGUCGAGCCUCCUGUGGAACCUUCCGUGGAACCUCCUGUUGCUCCUCCCGUGAACCCGCCCGGUGGAACUUCGGACGGCCGCGAACCUUCGGGAGGCGACGACUGCGACUGCGACGAAGAGAAAAAGCCGCCGCCAGUCAGGAGUUGUGGAUUGCGGCCUGAGGCGACCGAGUCCCGGGUGCGACCAGCGCGGCUACUCUUGGAUGAGCCCGUCUACUCUCUGGACGCCCGCAGGGUUCGAAGACCUGGACUGAGGAAGCGGCGGCCGCUCAACGCGCUGUCGCUGCUUCCGCGCCAGCAGCUCAACCGCCAGUCGCAACAUCAGCAGCAACAGCAGCAUCAGCAGCAGACGCUGUCAUCCCCACCCGAGAAUGUCUGGCCAUGGAUGGCUUCUGUGGUGGACCAAGUGAAUCCCGCGAGACGGUGUGCCGGCGUGUUGCUCGACCAGCAGCAUGUACUGACAGCUGCUCAAUGCUUUGGACCUGACAAUGGGAGGAACAGCGCCGUGAUGCUGAACGUCCCGAACGCGCCAGUCACGUUUCGACGAGUGGUGAGUGCCGAGGCGCACCCGAACUUCCGUGUCCCGGACGGUUACCACGACCUGUCUGUGGUGCGGUUCGAGCCCGCGCUCAGUCCAGGAGAACUGGUGCCCAUCUGUCUGCCCGUGGUGCUGGACGCCAGGCGUGAGCUUAACGGCAGCAUUCUCGACGCCGUCAGCUGGUCCAACCGCCAGAGGGACUUCCACCCAGGCUCGAUGGGCGAGAAGCGCUACCAAGUGAUCGGCGUGUCGAGCUGCAACAACACGUACGCCGGCGUCGAUCUGUCCCCAUACCCGGCGGGUAUCAGCCACGACGAUUUCAUCUGCACCCAGCUGACCGCAAACGUUGGCAACGAGUGCGUGGGCAUCCCGGGCAGCCCGCUGAUGAUACAGGAAGGAAAACACUGGACCGUCAUAGGGAUGUACAGCUUCGGCGUGUCGUGCAGUGGCACGGCGCAGUACCCGACCGUGUUCACGCGCGUGUCGCCGUACGUCACCUGGAUCUACGAGAAGAUUGGACUGCGCUAAUGAACGUGGCAACGCAACGGACGGCGUUGGGUUACUGAGUCGAGUGGGAGUCACGCCGCUACUCUUUCGACCAGUCAGGCGCCGGUUGGCAACUAUACACCUGCUGCUAACGCUCGCGUCACACGCUGGCGAGUUCGGAUAGUCUUAUUAAGAUGGCUUAUAAUUUCCUACAGCAAUGAGCGUAAGGAGAGCUCGCGACAGCGCGCUGCGCAAGCUCGAAGUGGCUGACGCUACUAAUACUGUGGCCUUAGUCUAAGUUUAGUUACAGCGUCAUUCAAGUUAGCCUCGAACUACCACUGCUUGCGCUGUUAUUGUCUUUUUAUCAGGAUGAGGGCGAAAUACAAAAACAUAUAAUUACAUAUAUUGUACAUAUGUUGUACAUAUAAUUAGGUGCACACUAGGAACCCCCAAGUGGUCGUAAUUAAUCCGGUGUCCUCCCCUACGGCGUGCAUUGUGAUUAUGUCGAGGUUCCGCCAGGUAAAACCCCACAAUUGAUAUUUUUACAAUUAUUUUUGUCUAUGGUAUCUCCCUGUUUUCUGCACGCCCUCCACAUCUCACUAAAGGCCAAAGCGACAACGAUUUCACAUUGUCCAAAACUCCCACGGAAUCCACAAAGAAAACGUUGCCCAUCUCAUGCUGAAAUCUCACGAAGAGGCACGCGAACGCACGGGCGCUAGCGUAUACGGACUUACGGUCGGACGCAGGCUCGUCCAGGCAGGUCCACCAGCGCUUAUCUUUGUGGCUGCGCAGCAUUAUAUAAAAAAAAAUUACCGCCGAAAAUAUUUACGCAAGCUUUCCUGCCUCUCAUUUUUGAUGCAGCCGUCGAACCUUGUUUACUAAUGUUACCAAUGCUUCACUAUUUAAGUGUUAUUCACGAAUUUUAAAUAAAUGCGAGUAUGCUUUGAAGCUCGUGCAUCCGGGGUUUAAUAAUGCCGAUCGGCUAAUUAUCGGAAAUCAUGACUGAUGAAUCCAUUUAAUGUGAAUGUGUUAAUACUUGACACCCUACAACAGACUAUUCCUGGGCUUCCAGCGUGUGACUAAACUGAGGCGAUCUAGAGACCUGCGUAGGCCUUUUCUAAGAUGUGCGGCCCGUGCACCGCCUUGGUAGCAUGGCCUCGUGCCGCAUCGUCGUCAUCGCGUUAGGCUGGACCGCUGAUCCCUUCGGCGUGACUCCAUAAGGCCAGUGAUUCUGCGAGCAGCCAGUGUGGGACUGAAAAUGAUGGACGAUGGAGUGAAUGCUGCUUUUGGUGCUGUUGAUGGUUGGUGAUGAAAUUGAACAGUCGGUGCUGCUGGCAGUUUAUUUAUUUUU